AGCUGGUCCCAGAACGCCGCGGACGCGCGAUGACCACGUGGAACCUGCGUCGCAGGCCCGGCCGCGCGCUCGGACUCGUGCUGCUGGGGUUCUUGACUUUGCUGGUGCUCCGCAGGCACGCUGCUCCUGCCUGGAGAUCCAGGCCUCUGGGUGACGCCGGGCGCUGCCCUCCCAGUCCCCGGGCUUCUGUACCCUACGGCUUCCCCGCUCUUUCUCCGCGCCUGGGAUGCCGGGCUCUGCUUUCCUCGUGGAUACUCCCAGCCGUCUGAGAAGGUAUCUACACCUCGAGCCGGGCAGCUGUGACCGUGAGGUGGCUCAGAGGUUGGACUGGUCUAACCUGACCCGUCCUUGGCUGAGACGCCGCCAGUUAGGGCUGCAGGCGAAAGACCAAAACUUUAUGCUGGAGGACUCCACCUUCUGGAUCUUCGGGGGCUCUGUGCACUACUUCCGCGUCCCCAAGGAGUACUGGAGGGACCGCUUGCUGAAGAUGAAGGCCUGUGGCUUGAACACCCUCACCACCUAUGUUCCAUGGAACCUCCAUGAGCCAGAAAGAGGCAGAUUUGACUUCUCUGGGAACCUGGACCUGGAGGCCUUUGUCCUGACUGCUGCGGAGAUCGGGCUGUGGGUGAUUCUGCGUCCAGGCCCCUACAUCUGCAGCGAGAUUGACCUCGGGGGCUUGCCCAGCUGGUUACUCCAAGACUCUGGCAUGAGGCUGAGAACAACGUACAAGGGCUUCACGAAUGCAGUGGACCUUUAUUUUGAUCACCUGAUGCCCAGGGUGGUGCCACUCCAGUACAAGCAUGGAGGACCCAUCAUUGCUGUGCAGGUGGAGAAUGAAUAUGGUUCCUAUAACAAAGACCCCACCUACAUGCCUUACAUCAAGAAAGCUUUGGAGGACCGAGGUAUUGAGGAACUGCUCUUGACUUCAGACAACAAGGACGGCCUGAGCAAUGGAGCUGUUGAUGGAGUGCUGGCCACCAUCAACUUACAGUCGCAACACGACCUGCAGUUAUUAAGCACCUUUCUCUUCACUGUCCAGGGGGCUCGGCCCAAGAUGGUGAUGGAGUACUGGACGGGGUGGUUUGACUCGUGGGGAGGCACACACAACAUCCUGGAUUCCUCUGAGGUUUUAAAAACCGUGUCUGCCAUCAUUGACGCUGGCUCCUCCAUCAACCUCUACAUGUUCCACGGAGGCACCAACUUUGGCUUCAUAAAUGGAGCCAUGCAUUAUUAUGACUAUAAGUCUCAUGUCACCAGCUAUGACUAUGACGCGGUGCUGACAGAGGCAGGAGAUUACACAGCCAAGUACCUCCAGCUCCGAGAUUUCUUCGGCUCCAUCUCAGGUACCCCUCUGCCUCCCCCACCUGACCCUCUUCCCAAGACUGCAUACGAGUCCGUGACGCCAGCUUUCUACCUGUCACUGUGGGAUGCCCUGAAGUACAUGGAGGCGCCAAUCAAUUCUGAACAGCCAGUCAAUAUGGAGAACCUGCCAGUGAACAAUGGCAACGGACAGUCCUUUGGGUACACACUGUAUGAGACCACCAUUGCCUCAUCUGGUGUCCUUAGUGCUUUUGUGCGUGACCGGGGACAGGUAUUUGUGAACACGGUAUCUAUAGGAUUCUUGGACUAUAAAAGGAAGGAGAUCAAUAUCCCCUUGAUCCAGGGUUACACCACGCUGAGGAUCUUGGUGGAGAAUUGUGGGCGAGUCAACUAUGGGGAGAUUGAUAAUCAGCGCAAAGGUUUAAUUGGAAAUAUCUAUCUAAAUGAUUCUCCCCUGAGCAAAUUCAGAAUCUACAGCCUGGAUAUGAAAAAAACCUUCUUUCAGAGAUUCAGCUUUGACGAAUGGAACAAGGUCCCUGAAGCACCUACAUUCCCUGCUUUCUUCCUGGGGGCCUUGUCAGUUGCCCUUUCCCCCUCCGACACCUUUAUGAAGCUGGAGGGCUGGGAGAAGGGAGUUGUGUUCAUCAAUGGCCAAAACCUUGGACGCUACUGGAACAUCGGACCCCAAGAGACCCUCUACCUCCCCGGUACCUGGUUGGACCAAGGCAUCAACCAGGUCAUUGUUUUCGAGGAGAAGAUGGCAGGCUCUGUGAUACAGUUCACUGAAACACCCCACCUAGGCAGGAGCCGGUACAUCAACUGAGCAGCACCGCCCAGCACCUCCUAUGGUGGGAAGCAGGCAAGCGCCACCCUCCUCCUAGCUGACAGGAGGCCUGGUGGGCCCCUCACACCCUGCCAUCAGGAGAGUGCCCUUAAGUAGCAACCUCAGAGAGCCAGGGGGCCCCAGCUCUGCCCACUGCUUCAGUUCAAGACCCUAGCCCUGGGGACCAGAAGAGGAGAGGUAGGAUGGCCAGGGAGAGAUCCCUUCUUGCCUGAAGUGGCUCUUGACCCGGCUCUGCCGCCCCACUUCCUGCUCUCCUGGGAGAGGACAGGGAUGUCUCUCAGGGUGCCUGGGGCCCUCAGGAAAGGCCUGACUGGUUGGCCCGGACUCCUGGACGCUGGCUUGCUCCUUCGAGGUUCUCACCUGGCUCAGCUACCUCCCUUGUGGCCCCUUUUCAUUUCUGAAGUAGCGACUUGUCACCACUUGUAGGGGAUAGGAAGGGGGUGUAUAUCCUGAUUGGCGUUGUUCUCUUCACACCCUCCUGAGCCUGCUCUGGGACUCUGGGAGGGGCUCCUGCUGAGGAGACUUUUCAUUCUCACUGAUUGCGUCAGAUAGGAUGACAGCCUGAGCUUAAGAGAAGCAGAAACCCUCGGUUGCUUGUUUCCUGAUUAGAGAGUCUGUCCAGGUUUACUGGGUGGGAAGCUCCAGCUGAGGAGCAGAUGGAGACCCUCGCAGAAGCCGCACCCUCCCCGGGCCACAGGGGGGUGGCAGGAGGCCUGCUCCAGUGUGCGCCAUCCCCCGGAAGGUUGGGGCCACUGGGCACCCAGCCUGGCGUAGGUGUGCUCCCCUCCCUUUGCUCCCCGUGGCCACGAGAGGGGGGAGGGGCAGCCUGGCCCCGCAGUUGUCUGUCCGCUUUGAGGCGCUUGUUCUGGGGAUCGAGUCCAGUGGUUUGGCUCAGGUUCACUGUUCUGAAUUGCAAUAA